AAUUGCAAACUCUAAAAAUGAGAUUAUUGCCGUGACCCAGACGGUCCUGCUUGUUUCUGCUGACUGCGGCUCUUUACAACUACAAUGUAAUAACUUUUCACAGAAUGCCACUCUGCCGCUCUGACUCCAGAGGGAAGAGCUUCACUCUCAUUGCGUUUUCUCCCCUCUCUGUCUCUCUCUCUCUCUCUCUCUCUCUCUCUCUCUGUUUCUGUCGUGCAGCACUUUAUGUCGCCCCUCUCCAUGUUCCUGUCCACGGUCGAGAUGGAGCGAGUGUUUGUCAACGUUGUGGAACUGGUUAAAGUUCACAAAUGUUUACUGGUGGAAAUCCAAGACUCAGUGUACCACAGAAGUGCCCAGAACCUCUUCCAGAUCUUCAUCAUUUUCAAAGAAAGGUUGUUGAUCUACGGGAAAUACUGCAGCCACGUCGAGGCCGCCAUCGCCACGCUGGACGACAUCAGCAAAGACAGGGAGGACGUCCGCAUGAAGCUGGAGGAGUGUUCCAAGAGAGCAAACUAUGGCAAGUUCACACUAAGAGAUCUGCUGGUGGUACCGAUGCAGCGAGUCCUGAAGUAUCAUCUACUGCUGCAGGAGCUGGUCAAACACACUCACGAUGCUACGGAUAAGAGCAACCUGCGGAAGGCCCUGGAUGCUAUGAAGGAUUUGGCUCAGUACGUUAAUGAAGUCAAGCGAGACAAUGAGACACUGAGGGAAAUAGACCAGUAUCAGAAAUCCAUAGAAAAUCUGAAUCAGCCUCUCAGUAACUACGGCCGACCCAAAGGAGAUGGGGAGGUACGGGUGGCUUCGGUGGACAAGCGAGCUAAACAGGACAGGCACAUCUUCCUCUUUGAUGCGGCUGUUAUCGUUUGCAAGCGUCGAGGAGACAACUACGAGAUGAAAGAGGUGAUCGACCUGCACCACUUCAAGGUCACCAACAACCCCACGUCAGAUAAGGAGAACAGAAAGUGGUCCUAUGGAUUCUACCUCACUCACAACCAGGGACAGAGUGGCUUUGAGUUCUUUUUCAAGACCAAAGAGCUGAAGAAGAAGUGGCUGGAGCAGUUCGACAUGGCCAUAUCCAACAUUCGACCUGAGAACGGCAACAGCAACCUUCACGAAUUCCACAUGCACACGUUCGAGAAGAUCACCUCCUGCAACUCUUGCCACAUGCUGCUAAGGGGCGUCUUUAACCAGGGCUACCUGUGCUCCAAAUGUGGCCUCGGUGCCCAUAAAGAAUGCCUGGGGCGCUUUGGCUGUUGUGGAAAAACAGAUCCCGGCUCCGUCAGAACUCAGGGCAAAGAUCGAGAUACAGGUUUACCCAAAAUGCUGGCGAUCAGAAGCUACUUCGGUGUCCCCAGCCCCACGGCUGGUCCUCCACUCAGCAUCCAGACGGGUGACGUCAUUGAGCUGAUCUGUGCUGACCUUCACAGCCCCUGGUGGCAGGGCAAAAUCCUGUCGACGAAAGAAGUUGGCUACUUCCCAAGCAAUGCAGUGAAGCCUUGCCCGUGUGUCCCGAAACCUGUGGAUUACUCCUCUCAACCUUGGUUUGCGGGUCCCAUGGAGCGGCUCCAGGCAGAAGCGGAGCUCAUCAACCGAGUCAACAGCACAUAUUUGGUCCGCCAUCGCAGCAGGGAGUACACGGAGUACGCCAUUAGCAUAAAGUACAACAACGACGUGAAGCACAUAAAGAUCCUGGCCAAGGAGGGCUGCUUCUACAUUGCGGAGAACAAGAAGUUCAGGAGCAUAUUAGAACUAAUUGAAUACUACAAACACCACUCUCUGAGAGAAGGAUUCCGAAGUCUGGAUACCACGCUGCAGUUUCCGUACCGGGAACCAGAGAACGCUGCUCGCCUAAACCGGACAGGAGGGAACAUGCUCACUCCCAAAGUGAUCGGCGUGGCCAUCGCUCGGUACGACUUCAGCUCGCGGGACACCCGGGAGCUCUCGCUCCAGGAGGGUGACGUGGUGAAGAUCUACACAAAGUCGGGGGCCAACGGCUGGUGGAGGGGCGAGGUUAACGGCAGGGUGGGCUGGUUCCCAUCUACAUACGUAGAAGAGGGUGAGGAGUGAGAAGUGCAUCAUGGGAGUUGCAGCGAGACAGAUGUAGAAGAAGAAGAAGAAGAAGAAGAAAAAUGAAGAAUGGCAGCAGAGCGAGGGCGCUGAGCACAUAACAGGGAGCGUUUGCACCAUCGCCCGCUCCGGUGCUGAAGCUUCUCUCGCCAGCUUUGCUGCUGCCUUCCAGCGUCCCAGAGGCCUUUGUGAGAGAGAAGAGGGAAGGAAAGAAAAAAAAAAAAAAAAGGCAGAUGCAAAGACGCCUGAUCACUCCUGGAAACGACUCCGUGAGCCUAAGUGACUCUGCUGACCAGCAGCUUGCCUGUCAGCGGGAAAGGAGCCCAAAAACUGGCCGGAAACCCACACCUUCUGACUCGGUCAUCCAUUAUUCCGCCUUUACUCUUUCUCGGAUCCAGCCAACAAAACCUCCGUCCCCCCCCCCCCCCCCCCCCCCCGCCGACUCUCACCUGUUUCUGCCAGCCAAGUCGGCUGCAUCGCCAAUCUGUCUAAAGAAGAUAAUUAAAAUCCCCCCCCUCCUCCCCCUCCGUUCAUCCUCUCAUCCAUUCAACCCUUCAUCCACUGCGCGGCAGCGGAGUUCGAUGACUUGCGCUGUACGCUUCCUUUCCUCAGUUCUGACCUUGCCUGUGUGUUUGUUCCACCAAUGCAGGUGGUUAUUGAUGACUUGAUGACCCAGUUCCGCACACCCCAAACCACCCACCUCUCCUACGCCCUGACAUCACAUGACACACACACACACACACACACUGGUACAGGAGAUGGAAGAGAAGGAUGGCGUCACGUAGUAUCGCUGCACGGUGCCAGCAAUUGAUCGCCGCUGUUCCUGUUUUCCUCCUUCCACCUCCACCGUUCUUUAUCUGCAGCGCUCUCGUGUUUUCAGUUGCCCUGGCCGUUAGCGGUCCUCCGCGCUUAUCAGUGGCGGCGCCGUCGACAGGAGCCCAAUGGCCGAGGGUUUAUCUCAGCGCGGGCGUCAGCGUCGCAGAACGAGCCACCCGUCCUGUCGACGGGACAGAAAGGGGAGAUGUGAUGUCAUCAGGUAGCAUCGGUGAAUUUUUCUAUAUUCUAUUUUGCUAUAUCUUAAUAGCUAGAGCAGGGGCUGUCGAACAUACGGCCCGCGGGCCCAAACCGGCCCGCUUGGAGGUUUGAUCCGGGCCGCUUGAUGAAUUUUGAAAAUACACCUUACGUUUUUUUAAAAUUAUUUUUCAUUAAAUAUGGAUAUUUAUUUCAUAUGCUAGUACUUCUUUGCAUGGAGACAGAGGGGGAAAAACAUGGACUUAUUGGUAUUUAUAGGUAAUUAUGUUAUGACUGUACUGGUCCGGCCCACUUGACAUCUGAUUAGGUUGUACGUGGCCCCUGAAUCAAAAGGACUUUGAAGCUCAAGCUUCGAGUUUCCUUGGGUUUUUAAUACGAACCAACUCCUGAUCAUGCCUCCUAAUAUCCUAAUUUGUUAUAUAUGUAACUAUAUUCGAUAGAUUUUUUGAUAAAAAAAUAAAUUUAAAAAAUACCAACAUUCUACCUGCGUGUUUAUCCUCCCAUCACAUCUCCAAUCGUGGCUCAAAAACAAACAUAAUUUGUCUGUUAAAUGUCCUCCUGUGGCACAGCAACGUCUUCUUCCUCUUUUCUUCCUUCCAUGGCCAGUUUCUUGAAGUGACCACUAGAUGGAAGCAUCGUAAACAUAGGGCGGCCUCGCUGGGCAGUCACCUUCAACCUACUUAAGUUUGGCCAUGACAUCACCAGAUUAGGACUGGCACAGUUAAAAGCCGAUGACUCCAGAGUUAUCUGGAACCAAAAAAAAAAAAAUUAUUAAAUUUAAAUGUGAAUGUCAGCGAUGAUUAUUUGGAGUCACAAACGUAUUAAACAGAACGAAUGUCAAUCUGUGAUUAAGGGAAAAGGUUCCCUCUUCAUCUGGCGGAAGUGGAAGAGAAAGAGUUCGGUCCCCCCCCCCCCCCCCCGCCCUCCCCCCUCCGUGUAGACUUUGGUAAUCCACUCCCUCUUCUGUCCAGAUGGACCCUGACAGCACGGCCAUUUACAACUGCGGGCCUUCAUCCCCGCAGAGCGGGCUUCCAGAUUUUUCUGUGUGCUGUAGGGACGGGAGGAAGGCUCAAGGGUAUCUGCGAUCUAAUCAUUACACCAUCUCCUCACCUCGACGACCCGGCAGCAUCCAUCUCGCUGUCAGCUCCCCUCUCUCUCUCGACCUCUCUCGCUGUGUCACUUCCCCUCUCUCUCUCUCUGUCUGUCUGCCUCUUUCUUUACCGCUCUCUUCCCGCCUGCAUCUAUCUUUCAUCCAAUCUUAGUUUCUCUCAGUAUUCCGUGCGUUAUACCGAGGCGGGAGUAUCGCGGAGGGGCGGGGGAGGAGAAUGGAUAAUUCAGUAUUAUCCGGCGGAGGUGGGAUGAAGGUGGGCUCGUUCUCGGCAAACAACCGCGGGAAAAUGAGGACUAGCUUAAUUGUAAACCGCAAAUUAAUAGACUGAGAGAAAUGAUACCAAUUAGGGGGUAGCGCUGUUAUCUCCCCGUGUACCGUGUGAGCACAGAUUAUUCCUGUAUGCAUAGACACUGACUCGUGUGUUUGCAGGAUUCAGGGCUGAGGCUGAGUCUUAGCCCAGCAGGGGCAUUAGGAUGCAAUCUUCCUCAACCAGCCAACACGUGAGAACACUUCUGUAGCAACCUGCACCCGAGUCACACACACAGUACACAUGAUAUUUCUCUAUCUCCAUUGUGGAAUUUUCCAUCCAAGUCCGAAACGCCGCGCUCUGGUCGUUCGGUCGGCCUCGACGCUUUUCACCUUUUCCCCCCGUUCCACGCGACGUUCUCCCAGCGACGAAACCAAAGAUUAAUGUCAAACUCCCGUUCAGCGUUACGACUCAUUACCGUCGGUACUCCACCACCCGUGGCCUGACUCUUAAAGCCCCGCGAUCCUUAACGCGUAGCAUUACCCCUGUACUGUUGCUGUAUUAUACUGUAAAGUCUGUACAUAGCAUAUAAUAAAGAUACAUAUUGCUUCU